UCUGUUUGCUUCUCUCUUCACCUCCCUCUCUUUCUCUUAGCCCAAUCACUGGGAAACACACACACACACACACACACACACACAAUUCGGGAGGAAUCUCCUCUUCUGACAAGUAGCCAGUGUGGAACACCCAUUGAAUCUGCCUGCCUUUAUCUCUCGCUCUCUCUCCCCCUCUGCUUACGCGUUAGUGUUUUUAGAAACCUGCUUUUACUAUUUCUGUUGCUCGACUCGAUCUUCCUGUCUCGUUCCCUCCUCCUCCUGCCCUCCCCUCCCCUCCCCUCCCAUUCUCUCCCUCCCAGUGAGUGGAUCUCAGAGUGCCCGCGAUCUCGGUUUCUGUGCAAUCGCCGGUCGGGGAGCUAAAUCGCCGUUUUCCGCCUGAUCUUUGCAGCUUUAACCGGAAGCACCACAGAGAGGCAAGUUCCCGCAUUCAGCAUGCUCAGCGGUCCCGGAUUGCCUCAGGAAUUCAAAAGGAUGUCUUCCAAGAGACCGGCCUCUCCAUAUGGAGAAACAGACGGAGAGGUAGCCAAUACGACAAACAGACAGAAAGUAGAAGAGGUCGAAAGUGACGGACACUCUGCUUUUCACCUGGCUCUUCCCCCAAACUAUUCCAACAAUCUUCACACAGAGGAAGUACAUACCCCGUCCACAAUGACCAGAGAGGCUUCAUGUUGUGAGAGUCCAACAUCUCUGCGUGACACACCGGACCACGAUGAAAAUAAAGCAGCCUCUCUGUUCCCUACACACAACUCAUCUACCUCACCUCUGAAGACUGAAGAAGGGGCUCGACAGAGCAGUGAGUCAGGACCCGGCACGGCACUGGGCACCCCAGAGAGACGCAAAGGCAGCCUAGCUGAUGUGGUGGACACACUGAAACAGAAGAAAAUGGAGGAGCUCAUCAAAAGCGAACCUGAAGAAACUCCUAGUAUCGAGAAAUUGUUAUCAAAAGACUGGAAGGACAAGCUUCUUGCCAUGGGAUCGGGAAACAUCGGGGAGAUUAAAGGGACACCUGAGAGCUUGGCGGAGAAGGAACGGCAGCUCAUGGCGAUGAUCAACCAGUUGACGAGUCUGCGCGAGCAGUUGCUGGCAGCUCAUGAUGAACAGAAAAAGCUGGCAGCCUCGCAGAUCGAAAAGCAACGGCAGCAAAUGGAACUAGCAAAGCAGCAACAAGAACAGAUCGCAAGGCAACAGCAGCAGCUAUUGCAGCAACAGCACAAGAUCAACCUCCUUCAGCAGCAGAUCCAGCAGGUUCAAGGUCAGUUGCCUCCGUUGAUGAUCCCAGUGUUUCCACCAGAUCAGCGAACUUUGGCAGCUGCAGCAGCUCAGCAAGGAUUCCUCCUGCCUCCUGGAUUCUCCUAUAAACCUGGAGGAUGCAAUGAGCCGUACCCACUUCAGCUUAUACCCACGACUAUGGCAGCAGCAACACCAGGACUUGGCCAGCUCCAGUUGCAGCAGUUGUAUGCGGCCCAACUUGCAGCCAUGCAAGUGUCUCCUGGAGCCAAGUUACACAGUAUGUCGCAGUCCAGUCUAAGCAACACACUAUCACCCAACAACAUCCAGGCAGAGAAAGGCAGAAACAGCCCCCCGCCCAAAAGCAAGGACGAGGUGACGCAGCCACUAAACCUCUCAGCCAAGCCGAAAACUUUUGAUCCCACAAAGUCGCCGGUGUCGCCGAGCUCCCCGCCGAUCCCCACUCUGAAAGCCAGCACAGGACCUGGCCACCUCAAGCCUGCCAUCUCCACCACGUUAAGUGGCACUCCUGGUCGAAUGACUUCAAUAGACAUCCUCUCCUCCAUCACAUCCUCGGGUUACUUGAACGACCACGACGCCAUGGCUAAAGCGAUCCAAGAAGCCCGGCAAAUGAAGGAACAGCUUCGGAGGGAGCAGCAGGCACUUGACGGGAAGGUUGCAGUCAUCAACACUCUCGGCCUAAAUAACUGCAGAAUGGAAAAGGUGCAUGAGAAAACAUCACUGGAAAAUUUGGCCCAACAUUUGUCUGAGAAACGACCUGAAGAUGGGAAAUUUGGACAUGCAAUGGUGGAUUUUAACAUGGGUGGAGAAUCAGAUGGAAAUGCAGGGGUGUCAGAGCCCAGGAUUUAUCGGGAAGCUCGAGGCCGGAGCAGUAACGAGCCCCACAUAAAGCGGCCGAUGAACGCCUUCAUGGUCUGGGCCAAGGAUGAGAGGCGGAAGAUCCUUCAGGCUUUUCCCGAUAUGCAUAACUCCAACAUCAGUAAAAUCCUAGGCUCUCGUUGGAAGGCCAUGACGAACUUGGAGAAGCAGCCGUACUACGAAGAACAAGCCAGACUCAGCAAGCAGCACCUGGAGAGGUAUCCUGACUACAAGUACAAGCCGCGACCAAAGCGUACUUGUGUGGUAGACGGCAAGAAACUGAGGAUUGGAGAAUACAAAGCUUUGAUGCGUAACAGACGUCAAGAAAUGCGGCAGUUCUUCACUGUUGGACAGCAAGGCCAGAUCCCCAUUACCACGGCCGGAGUGGUGUACCCCGGUGCCAUUGCCAUGGCGGGUAUGCCAUCGCCUCGGAUCCCCUCCGAGCACUCGAGCAUGUCCAGCAGCCCGGAGCCCAGCAUGCCUGUCAUCCAGAGCACUUACAGCCUCAAAUCCGAGGAGGGCCGAGUGAGGGAGGAGCUGAGGGUCAGCGAGAUGAACGGAGGCGUGUUCGACGAGUACGAGGACGAGGAUGAGGACGACCCUGAUGCAGAUUACGGCAGCGAUGACGAAAAUCACGUGGUGGCUCACGCUGACUGAGAGGAAGGGCCAGAAGUCUCCAGCAGCCGAAUAACGUCAGCCAGACUGACUCAUCCUACCAGGGGCCAAGCACAUUUUGACUAUCCGAUACACUGACUGUUAUUUAAAACUAUUUAGUCUUAAUAAACAAGAUAUGGUCAGAACUCUACUGACUACUAGACCUCUCGGCCUAUGGUACAGGCAUGGGAAAAAUGAUAAGCUAUGGGUAAAACAAUGCCAGUAAAAUCAGCUGCUAUUCCCAAGCACUGAAGUCUUACCCUCCUGAGCUUUGUCUAGACUUGCGACUGUCGUUCUAGAAGAUUCUAUAAAAUUCUCACUCAGGUACAAAGUGCCAACAAGUGGCUUGUGAAUGUGUUUUGUUUAUUUUGUGCCACAAUAAAAGGUGUUUCUUCUUUUGUUUUGUUCUUGUUUUUGGAUGGAUUAAGGAAAAAACAAAUGUUUUUUUCGUUGCUCUCAAGUUACCUUUGUUUCAAAGGAAUCUAUUUUCUUGAAUAUUGAGAUACUGUUGCACCCUCAUCGAGUACUUGUGUUAUUUUUUUGUUGCACACCAUUUCAAAAUGCAACUCCUAGUAAGUGCCAAAAUUUGUAAUUGUUGGAAUUAGUUCAUGGGUUUUCCUACAGUCUUAAGCUAGGGAUAUUGUUAGGUUUUAGACAAUCCCGGACACCUUACCAUACCAGCAGCUGUGGGAAACUAUAGGGGCAGUUCUCAGGUGAAAGGGGAGAUAACUGAAGACAUGAGAAACUUUUUAUUAUGUGAAUUCUGUGUGUGUGUGUGUGUGUGUGUGUGUGUGUGUGUGUGUGUGUGUGUGUGUGUGUGUGUGUGUGUGUGGGUGUGUGUGUGUGUGUGUGUGUGUGCAUGGGUGUGUGUGUGCCUUUGUGUGUGACGUGUGUGUGUGUGUGUGUGUGUGCGCGCACGUGAGUGAGAGAGAGAGAUGUAUAGAGAGAGAGGGUAUUAUGGUACUUUAUAGGGUGUCAGAGGUAGUGACAGCAAAGCAGCGUGGGGGAAUGAAACUCCGUGUCCUCAAUACCCAUUCCUGCUCCCUUUGCCAUGAAGCCUGCCAUUUCUCUCCCCCACCCCACCCCCUCCAUUUCUCAGCAGCCUCACGGAGGCAGUCACUUUCUCCUACCUUCACUCUUUUCUUUGAUAAAGGAUCCGAGUUUGUAGCACUUAAUGAAAAAAGAAUUCCGCCAACAUACGCUUAAGGGGGAGCGCGACUGAACAAACAAACCCAGGGCAGAGCCUGUCUCUAAUGGAGCCUCCCUCUUUUGAGGGCGGAGUUGGCUCUUAAGUUGGCUUCUGCUUGGUUUGUGAGAUGGCUAACAGUACCUCCAAUGGAUUUUGGGAGUCUGAAUUUUUGACCCUACCCACCCCAAAAUACAAUUUUGGAUAAGUGAAAGUAAAAUGGCUUUGUUGUUAUAGGUGGAUUAGCUGAUCAUAUACUGCAUGUCAGUGUUUAAUUUGUAUUUUUUGACUGUAUUUUUCAAUUUUAACUGCCUCUUAAUAGUGUACAAUAAUGGUCAGCUAUUCCCCAGUUAGUAAGUUAUGUAUAAUUUAUUUUCUCCAUUCUAACUAAUUGAUUCUCAAUGCAGCAUUCUGUAGCUGUAGAUAUUUAAGCCUGGUAUUUUAGCUAUAAACAGUUUUUUCUUUUUAUGUUCUUUAAGUCCUAGUGAUGUCAUGUUAUGAUGUUUAAUCAGCAGGCGUGAAAAUAAUUCGACUGUUUGUUGGGACUGAAAUGAGACCAUUCUCUCAUAAUCUCAUUUCUAUUUAAUUGUCAUGGUCAUUUAGAGCUGAUUCGCUAAAGCACUCUGUAACUGAAAAAGAAAAAAUGCAGAAAAAAAACAAGUGUUUUAUAUCACUUUAUGUAAAAUGUGAAACCAGUUUUUUGUUUUUUUUCCUUGACUGUGUGAACAAAUUUCUGACUCUUGUGAGGCAUUUAGUCUCACAUUGGCUGGCCUUCUUCACCAUUUUUUUUUGGCUCCCUGUUUAUUUAUGUGACUCUGGACUACAAGAGUACUUUGUUUUAGCUCCAGUAAGGUUCCACCAUGACUUCAUGGCUGUGAACCAUUUGUGAUUUAUAUGCCAACAACGGAAACUGUGUCGGAGAUUUUUCUUUUAUAUUUGCUCCUUAUUUUAUCCCUUUUUUUUGUUCAGAGUUCUCAUUUCGCUGACAUUUUGCAUUCUGCAAUUCCUAAUCUCAGACUACUCAAUUCUUAUGAUGCUGUACUGUUUUUUUUAAAGAAAAUGUAUUUAUUGGCCAUCACGGCUCUAAAAUUUAUUAGACACAGAUUGUGUUCAGGAAGACAAUCAAAUCGAGUGGAGCUUAAAACAAAGUAAACUGAAUCUACCAUCUCACUUGAAAUUUAAAGAAAGAUAUGUAAAUAUAACAUAGAAUUAUAGAUUUAUAUUUUGUUCAUAACACAUAGUGUAAUAUAAGUUGUAUAUUUUCAUGUUUUUUGUUUAUGUUAUCAUUCAUGCCACAAUAAAAGCAAGAGUACUUGUACUCUGA